AUGUAUUUGAGACACCGAACCGUUGUCACUCUCACUUCACUCUCGCUUUGCUCAUCUCCAACAUCUUUUUCCUUGAAACUCCGCGGCGUUGAUCCGAGGAGUUUGGGAAAAAACUCUAAUUUCAUCGAAAACCUUAUUCAGAAUAAGCUUCUGUUUAUCACUUGGACUUUUCGAUUUUCAGCGAUCAUCAUCUCAAGUUAUGGCAGGGGCUGCAGCAGAGGGAUCGCAAUUUGAUGCUCGUCAAUUUGAUAGUAAAAUGAAUGACUUCCUUUUGACUGAUGGACAGGAUGUUAUUGCCUCAUGGGAUGAAGUUUAUGAUACUUUUGAUGCCAUGGGUUUGCUACAGAAUCUUUUGAGGGGAAUUUAUGCAUAUGGUUUUGAAAAACCCUCUGCAAUUCAGCAAAGAGGAAUUGUUCCCUUCUGUAAGGGACUUGAUGUGAUUCAACAGGCUCAGUCUGGGACAGGAAAGACUGCAACAUUUUGUUCUGGGAUUCUGCAACAACUUGAUUAUAGUUUGGUGGAAUGUCAGGCCUUGGUUUUGGCACCCACUAGGGAGUUAGCUCAACAGAUUGAGAAGGUUAUGCGAGCACUAGGAGACUAUCUUGGUGUGAAGGUUCAUGCUUGUGUUGGUGGGACCAGUGUCCGUGAAGACCAACGCAUCUUAUCGAGUGGUGUCCAUGUUGUUGUUGGCACUCCUGGUCGUGUUUUUGAUAUGCUGCGAAGGAAGUCACUUCGUGCUGAUCACAUUAAGAUGUUUGUGUUAGAUGAGGCAGAUGAAAUGCUGUCACGAGGUUUUAAGGAUCAGAUCUAUGACAUUUUCCAGCUUCUGCCAGAAAAAGUGCAAGUCGGUGUCUUCUCUGCAACAAUGCCACCUGAGGCCCUUGAGAUCACCAGAAAAUUUAUGAAUAAACCUGUGAGGAUUCUUGUGAAGCGUGAUGAGCUCACACUGGAGGGUAUAAAACAGUUUCACGUCAAUGUCGAUAAGGAAGAAUGGAAGCUUGAGACACUAUGUGAUCUGUAUGAAACCUUAGCCAUUACUCAGAGUGUCAUUUUUGUGAACACCAGACGCAAGGUUGACUGGCUGACAGACAAAAUGCGGAGCAGAGACCAUACAGUCUCUGCCACCCAUGGAGAUAUGGACCAGAAUACAAGAGACAUCAUCAUGCGUGAAUUUCGUUCUGGGUCAUCUCGUGUGCUCAUCACCACCGAUCUUCUUGCUCGUGGUAUUGAUGUCCAGCAAGUCUCUCUUGUUAUAAACUAUGAUCUGCCUACUCAACCUGAGAACUACCUCCACCGUAUUGGACGAAGUGGACGUUUUGGGAGGAAGGGUGUUGCAAUCAACUUUGUGACAAGCGAUGAUGAAAGGAUGUUGUUUGACAUCCAGAAGUUCUAUAAUGUGAUUAUUGAGGAGCUGCCAGCGAAUGUUGCUGAUCUUCUUUGAUGAGAUUUUGCCCAUCAUUGCUAGUGGAGACUGGAGCCAGUUGGAAGCUGUUUAGCAAGUUUAUUUGUUCUCUCCCUCUUUUUUCCUUUCUUUCUCAUUUUCCCCCUUGUUUUAAAGUCUUAUUUUAUAGCCAUAGGCUUAUUUGGUAUCGUGGGCAAUUAUUGUUGCAUGUUUGGUAACUAAGGUCCAUAUAUGGGGUUUCAUUUUUCUUGGCA